AUGGCAGCUACUCUUUUAAACAAAGCCUUAAAACCCAUAAAACAUCCGAGCUUCCUUUCAUCUCUGCGCUCUCUUAAUUUCACUUCUCUCGCCACCAACCCCUCCGACGGCGGCUCAACUUCAUCGCCCUUCACGUUCGACAACAAAGAGAAAGACAAUGAUAGCAUAUAUUUAAAGCCAUCGACUUCGAAUGCGACCCCCGAAAAGAAAACGACGUCGGUGACUACGCCGAUAUCGUUCAUGACUGGAUCGAUAGUUGGGAAGAGAUUCUAUAAGAAAGUUACUACGAGAGAGUCCGACGAUGGGAUUGGGUGGACGGUGAUGCUUGAUUAUCGGACUCUUAAAACCCCUUCCAAACGCCCUCUCAAGCUGCCCACUUUGGCCCUUGCUAAGGCCAUUGCUGCUGAAUGGGAAUAUCAGCAAACAGAUGGAAUCAGACCCUUUACAAUGCCAUUGAUGAAACUUGCUUGCACUGCGCUGGAGAGAGUGCCGCUCACACGCACAAAGGUCAUCGAACAUCUGAUGAAGAAAUUUGAUCAAGAUUUAGUGUUCUGUCGUGCACCUGAGGAUAACACCUUGAAUGCUGGUGUACAUGCAAGGCAAGUUGAGAAAGUUAAUCCUUUACUUGCUUGGUUGAAUUCUGAAUUCGGCUUUAAACCUAUUGUGUACUAGUUUUUUGGUGGGAAGCAAGGUGAAGGGCUCACAAAGGCUGUUGAAAACCUUCUAAAGAAGACAGAUGACUGUGAAUUGGCAGCAAUAGAUGCCCUUGCAGCCGCCGCACAUUCAUUGGUUAUUGCUUUAGGAAUUUUUCGAGGUAAAUUGCAGAUUGAGGAAGCGAUUGAGUUGAUUAGGCUCGAGGAAGAUUUGCAGGUGGGUAAAUGGGGUUUAGUUGAAGGUGGGCACGACAUCGACAUUGCUGACCUGAAGGUGCAAAUCGCAUCAGCAACCGUGUUCCUUGGUCUUUCAAGGAAGAACUCGUUAUUUGAUUGAGGGGAUGUCGAGGCUACGAAAGUUUUCUGCUGCUAUAAGUUCAUCUCUCCUAAUUUGAUACUUGCCGAGUGUUGUAAGAUUGAUGAUUUUAUUGAUAAAUGAAUAAAUGAAUA